AUGGAGGGCGACGGGGUGCCGUGGGGGAGCGAGCCCGUCUCGGGUCCCAGCCCGGGCGGCGGCGGAAUGAUCCGCGAGCUGUGCCGGGGCUUCGGCCGCUACCGCCGCUACCUGGGACGUCUGCGGCAGAACCUGCGCGAAACCCAGAAGUUCUUCCGCGACAUCAAGUGCUCCCACAGCCACAGUUGUCCCUCCUCCCCCACGGGCGGCGGCGGCGGGGCCGAGCGCGGCCCUGCCGGCGACGUCGCCGAGCCCGGGCUGCAGGCGGGCCAGCUGAGCUGCAUCGCCUUCCCACCUAAGGAAGAGAAGUACCUCCAGCAGGUUGUGGACUGCCUUCCCUGCAUCUUGAUCCUCGGCCAGGACUGCAAUGUCAAGUGCCAGCUGCUGAACCUGCUGUUGGGGGUGCACGUGCUUCCCACCGCCAGGCCGGCCAGGGAGGAGAGCUGUAGGCUCCGGCGUCUCCGCUUCACCUAUGGGACUCAGACGCGGGUCGGCCUGGCGCUCCCCGGCCAGUACGAGCUGGUGCACACGCUGGUUGCUCACCAGGGCAACUGGGAGACCAUCCCUGAGGAGGACCUGGAGGUCCAAGAGGACGGGGAGGACGCCGCCCCUGUUUUAGCUGAACUGGAGGUCACGAUGCACCACGCGCUGUUACAGGACGUGGACAUCGUGGUUGCACCGUGCCAAGGCCUCCGGCCUGCAGUAGAUGUUCUGGGUGACUUGGUGAACGAUUUCUUGCCUGUGAUAACCUAUGCACUCCACAAGGACGAACUGUCUGAGAGGGACGAGCAAGAGCUUCAGGAAAUCCGGAAGUAUUUCUCCUUUCCCGUAUUCUUUUUCAAAGUGCCGAAGCUGGGCUCAGAAAUCAUUGCCUCACCUACCAGAAGACUAGAGAAUGAAAGAUCAGCCCUCCAUCACCAGCUUGUGGACCUGGGCUAUCUGAGCAGCAGUCACUGGAACUGUGGGACCUCCGGCCAAGACACUAAAGCUCAGAGCAUGUUGGUGGAGCAAAGUGAGAAACUGAGGCACUUGAGCACGUUUUCUCACCAGGUGCUACAGACCCGCCUGGUGGACACAGCCAAGGCCCUGAACCGGGUGCACUGCCACUGCCUCGACAUCUUUAUCAACCAGGCCUUUGACAUGCAGCGGGACCUGCAGAUCACUCCCAAACGUCUAGAAUACACUCGGAAAAAGGAAAAUGAGUUGUACGAGUCAUUGAUGAAUAUUGCCAACCGGAAGCAGGAGGAAAUGAAGGACAUGAUUGUUGAGACGCUUAACACCAUGAAGGAGGAACUUCUGGAGGAUGCUGCCAACAUGGAAUUUAAAGAUGUCAUCGUCCCAGAGAACGGAGAGGCAGUGGGCACCCGAGAAAUCAAAUGCUGCAUCCGGCAGAUCCAGGAGCUCAUCAUCUCCCGGCUCAAUCAGGCGGUGGCCAACAAGCUCAUCAGCUCGGUGGACUACCUGCGCGAGAGCUUCGUCGGGACCCUGGAACGCUGUCUGCAGAGCCUGGAGAAGUCCCAGGAUGUCUCGGUUCACAUCACCAGUAAUUAUCUCAAACAGAUCUUAAAUGCUGCCUAUCACGUUGAAGUUACAUUUCACUCCGGGUCUUCGGUCACAAGGAUGCUGUGGGAGCAAAUCAAACAGAUCAUCCAGCGCCUCACAUGGGUGAGCCCGCCUGCCAUCACGCUGGAGUGGAAGAGGAAGGUGGCCCAGGAAGCCAUCGAGAGCCUCAGUGCCUCCAAGCUGGCCAAGAGCAUCUGCAGCCAGUUCCGGACCCGGCUCAAUAGUUCUCACGAGGCUUUUGCAGCCUCCUUGCGGCAGCUAGAAGCUGGCCAUUCAGGCCGGUUGGAAAAAACAGAAGAUCUGUGGUUGAAGGUUCGGAAGGAUCACGCCCCACGCCUGGCCCGCCUUUCUCUGGAAAGCCGUUCUUUACAGGACGUCUUGCUGCAUCGUAAACCUAAACUGGGACAGGAGCUAGGCCGGGGCCAGUAUGGUGUUGUGUACCUGUGUGACAACUGGGGAGGGCACUUCCCUUGUGCUCUCAAGUCGGUCGUCCCUCCGGAUGAGAAGCACUGGAAUGACCUGGCUUUGGAGUUUCACUACAUGAGGUCUCUGCCGAAGCAUGAGCGCUUGGUGGAUCUGCACGGCUCGGUCAUCGACUACAGCUACGGCGGGGGCUCCAGCAUCGCCGUGCUGCUCAUCAUGGAGCGGCUGCACCGGGACCUCUACACUGGGCUGAAGGCUGGGCUGACGCUGGAGACGCGUCUGCAGAUAGCACUUGAUGUGGUGGAAGGGGUCCGCUUCCUGCACAGCCAGGGACUUGUGCACCGUGAUAUCAAGCUCAAAAAUGUCCUGCUGGACAAGCAGAACCGUGCAAAGAUCACUGACUUAGGAUUCUGCAAACCAGAGGCCAUGAUGUCAGGCAGCAUUGUGGGGACGCCGAUCCAUAUGGCCCCUGAACUUUUCACAGGGAAGUACGAUAACUCUGUUGAUGUCUACGCCUUUGGCAUUCUCUUCUGGUAUAUCUGCUCGGGCUCUGUCAAGCUCCCUGAAGCAUUUGAGAGGUGUGCCAGCAAAGACCAUCUCUGGAACAAUGUGCGGAGAGGGGCCCGACCAGAGCGUCUGCCCGUGUUUGACGAGGAGUGCUGGCAGCUGAUGGAGGCCUGCUGGGACGGGGACCCCUCUCAGAGGCCUCUCUUGGGCAUCGUCCAACCCAUGCUCCAGGGUAUCAUGGACCGGCUGUGCAAGUCGAGUUCUGAGCGGCCGAGCAGGGGACUCGACGAUUCGACUUGAAAGCCAAGAACUUUCUCCUCUACUCUCUGUUUCUUUCCUUCCCCUCACCUUUCGGCCAUGGGAAGAAUGUGACAUUUAUUCAGAGAGCUCCCGAGAGAACUGAUGCUUGCUGGGCAGCUUGAGACCUUCCCAGGCAGAGAGGCCUCCCGGACCGUGAACAGCUGGCUGCGUGCUGGGGCACGUGCAGCAGCUCGCUGAUGCCCCAAGCCAUGCUCUCGGCGGAAGACUGUCCAGGACACGGAAACGCCGAAGGAUACAACGUUCCAGCCUCAGAACUGAAAAGGAGGCAAAUGUACCAACUGUCUGUUCCCCGUAUGUUGCUAAGACAGGCAGGGCACUGCAGUGGCAAUAGUAUUCAAAGCUAUAAUUUCAUAAUUUUGGCUCCGGCUAGGAAUAGUUUGGUUCUGUCCAGUCAUCAGGACCCUUAGAAAAUUUGAACUUCCUUCUGGGAUUGUGAGAACAUAGGAGCUAAACUGUAACUUCUGGCUCCCUGCAACCAGAUCUCAGGUGGCCACAGCCAGAGGCCUCCACAAGGGAGCUAGAAACAGAGCUGUCUGUUCCUUACAGUGGCGGCGUGUUUACCUUUAUAGGACUGAAUAGCCCUGACUUUGGGGGUGGGUGUCACGGUCACAUCACCAAGAGGCCACAGAAAAAAAAAAUGUUGGGCACACAUUUGUGUGUAUGUAUAUAUAUAUAUAUACACAUAUGUGUGUGUGAUUAGAUUUUGAGUUACUGCUAAUCCCAGGACAGAAUCUUCUUCCCUUUGAUCUUUUUUCCUCCCUCUUUUUGGUCUCAAGAUGGGGAAAACUCCAGUGAACUUGGUAUCUGGGCAUGAUUGUCUGAGCAGAACUGACAGGUGGGGAGUAACUGGGGAGACCCGAGACGUGGGUGGUGAUCUGGAGGCCGUGGGUUUCCCUGCAAGCCCAUUGGAAGGAUACCAGGAGAAUCAAAAAUUCCCAUUUUUGUGUUUGAAUCUAACACACUGAUGUUUUUAAACUCUUCCAUGAGCAUUUUAACCGAGAUUUCUUUUGCAAACCUGUCCCUUCUUUUUACUUUGACUAUAACGUAAGAGGGGAAGCACCAGAUGAAGAGAACUUUUUUGUAGCUGUGUGUGCCCCUUGCCCCCGUGUGCUCGCGUCUGGGACGGUUCCCCUCCCCUGCGGCUGGGAGCUGUGCUGGCUUCCAGGAAGCCAGAUUUUCGGAGCGUGUGUUGGGAAGUGUGCCUAAGAAGAGAAAUUCUGAAGGGGAGCAAUUUAUACGUUGAUGCAUCUCAGACCUUGACUUAAGGCCUCCCUCCACCGAGACGGUCCAUUCGAUUUAGAGCACCAGGUGGGUGAAGGAAGACAGCAGAGGGAGGUGAGGAACCUCCGUCCAUCUGCUGAUCUCCGGGCCCGGCGCUCUCUCCCCUGUGCCUGGCCCCCAAGGCUGUGAACCAGGUCCCUGAGUACGUGUAUAAGGAAAUGGCAAAUUUGCUGCUAGAAGCCUGUCUGGUCGUUUCUGAGAGAAUGGCCAUCUCUUAAGCAUUAACAGAGUGUAAAUGGCAUCUACCAGAAAGUUUUCCUGUAACUCUUCAAGUUCAGUUUUCACUCUUUGGCUCUGCUGGGCUCUGAGUAUGAUGCCCUUGAGCGUAGCAAGCUCCAAGCACUCGGGGUCGGUCAGAAACUCCGUAUAGUGCUAAGAACCUUUUCACUUGCAACGGUGAAGUGCCGACCCACUGUCUUUGGGGUCUGUAGCUCGAGCCUUGUUCUGGUGGAAUGUCCAGUAGACCUGUUAGAAUUAACACCCAUUUAUAGCUUUACUUCUUCAAGUCACUCUGUUCUUGUCUGCAUUAACUCGUUUGUCCUCCUGGGGACGAUGAUGGGGCUUCCAGGAAGCCAGAUUGUCAAGUUUAAAAAGGAGAGGUGCGUAGCGUCUCCCUGCCGAAAGAGCAGUCUAAGUGUUUUGUAUGACAUUUCGGGAAAGGUCUUCUCUAGUUCCCUUUCCCAGAAUCCUCCUUUACUCCAGCUCAAAUCAGGAGUCUGUGCUUUCCUUGGGGAAGCCACAUUCCUAACAUUCUUCCAAAGUCUUAGUUCCUACUCCCCAUUCACUGCAGGGGCUGGUGCUGGGGCAGGUGUGUGUGUGGGGGGGCUUCUUCUACCCAGCGUCCCUUUUCAGUUUGUCCCCUCCCUGCAGCUUAGUCUGCUCUCAGACACUGGUCUCCUAGCAGAUUCCCACAUUUUUUGCCUGAGUGAGGAGGGCGGACAGGAGGGACCAAUGCUAAGUAAGACAGUAAUUGUGUUAACAAUUCAAUACAAAAAAAGUAUUUUGAGAAAAAAUGCAAGAUAUUCCUGAAGAUCUCCAGGCCAGCCAAAGUCCACAUAGAGAUAUUAGGAGGUUGUUAUUUGAACACUCAGCGGGCUGAGUGCGGGAAUACAGACCUAUAACACAUGCAUACUUUGCUUUUGUUUUAUAACGUCAGCAGAUUUGGGAUUCUUUGUCCCUUGGCACCCAUUAUUGUUAAAGUGAUGGAAUGCCAUGAAAUGUACUGUACUGUAUAUUACUUGGGAAGACACUAGGUAUUCAAAGGAGUCUGGGGGCACUUGGGCUGUAGCGGGCUCAAGAAUACCAAAGUCCUCAAGAUUUUAGCCCCCAGCCUUGGUUGCAUGUGCUCCCAAGGGGUGAGGUGAGAUGGGGGCUGGGGGCAGGGGAAGGGUGGGGCGGCUCACCCUCAUCGUGUUCUGUUCUCAUCGACUUCACUAGGGCGAUUUACCCCAGCCCGAAAAUGAUCACCUGGCCUUUUUCAGCAUGCUUGAAGUCCGGUCACUUACGUCGUUUCAGAACUGAGUGAGGGACCUUCUUGCAGAGCAAUCAAGAGGUGGCAGAGCCCGGGGCCCCUGCGUGGCCGACACUGUGCCUGGCGAGCGAGGUCAGUCUGGCAGGAGUUGGGGAAUGCUCGUUUGGCUGAGGUUUCCACAGGCAUGACCUAGUUCCUUGAUCCUCUGUAGACAGUGGCUCGUUGAUUGAGCAAGCCUUCUCCUCUAGGAAGGAGGGCUGUGCUGGUUUUUCCCAGACCAAAGAGAAUCACUUGUGACUCCAAUUUCAAGGGGACAGAGCCUAGGAAGCAGCUUCUCCUAAUUUUUAACACUAAAACUCAAGGGAACAGUGAAGGAAAAGACAUAUUACUGGCACGGAUGGAAAUAGGGGAACGGUAGAACCCGCCCCCAGCACCUGUCAGCUCUCCAGUGCAUUCUGACGCAUCUUUGUUGAGCUGCCAAAGUGGGGGUUGGAAGUUGUUUCCUAACGAGAGAAGGGGUUUGGGGUGGCAGGCUCCAAAGUGAUAACUGCACUGAACGACACUUUAUUUUUUUGGCUUAUUAUUUAGCACUGAAAAGCCAAGAGGGGUCGGUGAUUAUGGUAGCACUUGGAGGGCAGAGGUCCCCUGUGGCCUUGCUUUGGAGAGAAGGCAUGCUUGGUUUUCCAUCUGGCUAAUCAGGGAAUCCCCGAAGUCCGUACAGCUUCGGAGUGGGAUAAAGGGCCCUCGAGUCCUUCGCCAAAAGAGUAGUUGCUUUCUUUGAGUUUUCAAAGUUUGACUUCUGGAUUUGCUGGAUCAAAGAACCCACUUUUUCUCUAAAAGAAAAAAAAGUGGAUUUACCCUUCUAAAUAUGGGGGGAGCAGUUAGGGCUAGUGCUGUGUAAAACUGGGUGAGGAGGGGGUAACCUUCAGAAACUUGUACUGCAAACUCCUUUGGGGGUUGCGAGGAGCACUUCCGUUCUUAAAAGGGUUUUAUUUUUAACUUCAUCUGCUUUGUUAACAUCCAGUCCAGUUGAGAUGCCCGCGGAGACUAUGUGAAGACCUGGCGUGGGGGGAGGCCACCCGACUCAGAGGGUUGGGAAGGAAAUCGGUCUGGACAGCUUGUUGUCUUUAUUCUUAUGUAAUAUUUGUGUUUGUUUCAGAGGACUAAUGUCUAUUACAGUGUUAAUAAAAGUGUAACAUACUAAGUGUGUAGAAUAAAAGUGCAAUAACAAGAGGAAGUUACCUUGGCACAAACCUCAGUCCUUCACUCUCCCUUCCUGUGCUGUCUCUUGGCGUAAUAUGGCAAACAAGACCAUAUUGUGUUUUUUAAGAGACAUGACUCUGGGUUAAAUCUUCAUGUAGUGUCGUUUUGGAUGGUUGGGUUGGGUUUUAUAGUGUCCUGUCUCCUUGUGGGGAUACACAGAUGCCACAUGUGCUGUAGAAUAAAGGUCACAUUAACAUUUGA